GCUGUUUGCUAGAAGGUGGCUGAGGUGUUUCUGGUUACACUGACAUAUAACCAUUCGGACCCUGAUAUACUUCCUCCUUGGUCAUGUGUUUUCAUUAGUUCAUUUAUUAUUUAAUCGCGUGGAGAAACAUCGGGCCGGUGACGCGUGUUGUGUCGGAGGAGCUGAGCUGCUGCCGGAAGGCUGGAAAUGUUGGUGUUUCUUGGGAAAUUAUGAAAACAUGACCGCUCCGUGCAGAGAUGUGGACAGUGGUGUUUUUUCUGAACCUGGUGACUCUACAUUGUACAGUCUCGUCCUCUCCUCCCAGCCCAAUCAACGUGAUCUUCACCUCAGUCAACCUGAGGAAUGUGCUGCAGUGGUUUCCUGGAGGUGGCACUCCGAAUGACACACUCUUUACAGUGCAGUACGCCAUCUAUGGGGACAGUGUUGAGGACAGCAGAGGAAGACGGGUGCAGUGGAGGGCGGUACGGCGGUGCACAGAAAUAGUGCGGAGCUGGUGUGAUCUGAGCAAUGAGACGUGGGAUCUGGAGCACGGAUACUAUGGCAGGGUUCGUGCUGUGAGCCAGAGAGCGUCCUCCAAAUGGGCUCUGACAGGGAGUAGAUUCGAUCCAAAGACGGACACUACUUUUGGCCCUCCACUGGUUUCUGUGGAAGUAGAGGACAACAAUGCUGUCAUCACUAUGAAGGGACCAAUGAGACAUCAGCCUAACAACCACACCCCAGCGGUGUCCAUGGCAACACUCUACCCCCAGAUGACUUACAACCUCUCCAUCUACAACACCGAUCAAGGCCAGACGCACCAUUUCCCCGUGGUCUCCAGUUACAAAUAUCGCCUAAUGGACUACAAUACGAAGUAUUGCUUCUCUGCCAAGACCAGUUUCGUGUCCAUGCCAGCCGUGUGCCAGUCCUCAGAAUGGCACUGCAUAACAACGCCUCAAGACCCUGUGAUUGACCAGCUGCGGUGGAUGGUGUUUGUUGUAGUUCCAACUGUGUGCAUCUCUGUGCUGGUGGUGGUUGGCUACCUUCUCUAUCGCUACGUGUCGGGAAAAGAACAGAAGAGCCCAUAUUUUCUGAACCCGCCUGCUUUUCAUCCGCCACCUUUGACGCUCCCACCUGAGAGACCCAACAUCAUCCUCAUCACCGUCCUCAAAGACCUACCACCAGAAAGUGGCCAAUCAGAUCCUGCAAACGCCAAGCAGCCGUGUCAUGUCGCACUACCUCCACCAGGAUACUCCUCCCAGAGGCCUGAAAAACCCCCCCCCCCCCCCCCCCCCCACACUGCCACAGCUGAGGAACCCCUGGAUGAUCUGUCUGUCGACUAUGCGUUUGUUGCUCCUAAAGUUGAUAUCAGCAGAAAAGAUGUGACUAAUCAGAUAUGUGGACCAAAAAAAUGCACAGCAGGAGAAAGUUACGAGAAGAAAGAGUGGAGAGUUGAGGACGGGCACUUUGUCGGACACACGCAGACGGAUAUGAACACACUUUUACAAGCGCAUGCAUGGUCACAGCCAGUGUUACCACCAUCACUGUCUCUGCAGGGAACAUGUGCAGGAGAGAUGAGUAAAACUGAGGAGGAUAGAGACUUUCCAGGUUUAUUUCUGAACACAACCCCACAAUCUAGCCUCUUUGGUAUUUCUUUAAAUCUAAAAACAAAUGAGGGAGCAGGGGAGGAAGAGGUGCAUGGAAGGUUAAGAAAAUUUGGAGAGAUAGAUGUAAGUGUGGAGGAAGAACGUGAAAGUGAGGAACUUCCCCUUCUUUCUGCUUACACCUGUCAGAACAUCACGGCCACGCCGACCUCCUACGCUGACCAAUCAGAUGUCUUACCAGACGACUAUGGUGUUCUGAGAGUGGCUGCAGCACAUAACAUAGAGGGGGAUGAUGAAGAGGAGCAAGAGGGAACUAUUUGCAUCAACUGGGAUCCCCAGACCAGGAAACUAGUGUUGCCAGAGAUGGCAUUGGAGUACAGCGAGAAGGGAGGGUUGGAUGAGUUGAUGCAGGGAGAUAAAGGGAGGGAGAAGAGGAUGGGAGGAGGAGAAGAGGAGGGGUACUGCAUGAAGGGCGAGCUGAGGUUAGAAAAUGUGUUUGUAAGACAAGGGUCCGAAGAAAGGGCGGAGGCAGAGAGGGAGGGAGAGAAGGAGAGAGCAGGGGGAGCAGGGUGGGAGGCAGCGGAUGAUUUGUUGACCAAAUGGAAUUUGGUUAUCUCGAUGGACGAGUAGAUGAUAUUCAUCACUAUAUUUACCCCCAAUAUUACGCAAAACGCUCCUUUUCUGUACUUACAAUAUGCACUUAAUCCUUUAAGGUCCUCACUAAAUAAAAAUAAAUAAAUAAAUAAAUAAAUAAAUAUAUAUAUAUAUAUAUAUAUAAUUUCUUUGGGGCAAUAACAACAAAAGUCACUUUUUUUCUUCAAACAGACCCUAUAGUUUAAAAAAUAAAUUAAAAAGCCCUCUACCAAACAGUUGAGACGUCCCUUCAUGGUAUUUGUAAAAAAAACAUUUAAAAAAUUAAAAAUUACAGACCAUUACAAUGCUUGUAAUUAGUUAGUAUAAGUUAAUAUGUAUUUUUUAAAAAUUGCAAAUUUAUUUUAUCUUAGCAUCACUACC